UGGUAUGUUAAAUUUAAGAAUUAAGACCGUCAAAGAAACGUGAAAUUCACUUAAGUGGAAGACCUUCACCAUCAUCUUGCCCUUCUAAUUGGUUUUAUAAUUCCAACCAAUAAACUACUGGCAUUUGGAUGGAUGUAUUUACAAAAGGGCCCUCUCAGUUGAAGUUGAGAAAUUGGACAUCGGCAGUUCCGGUCUUUCUGGCCUUCAACCUUAUUUUAAUGUAAACACCUUUAAUAAUUAAAAGUCCACUUUUCGCAGAAAGUUUCAGUUCCCUCAAAUUAGAUGCCCAAAUUUUCUUAUCCCGAAGAUCGGUAUGAAAAGGCUUAAAUGCGGCAGCUGCUUAACUACAAGAGUACGUUCUAGUCAACGUGGUACAAUCAUACGCUUCUAACUACCAUGCUGAUGAAAAAUAUAUAGUGCUCGUAUUCUUAUGUAAUGGCGUCCUUGAGGGGCAGCACUAGAACUAUAGGACCUUAAGCACAUGCAUUCUUCAUUUCAAGCUCCACAUGUUUUAUCCUAGCUUCUCUAUGUUUGCCUUGUUCUUGUACUUUGGCCUUACCUGCUGCUUUGCAAGAGACACCAUAACGUUUGACAACCCAAUUAAUAGCUCGGGAGGGCCACUUAUAUCUGCGAGUGAGAAAUUCGCGCUUGGGUUUUUCACUCCUAAUGGAAGCUCCCACGGGGAACGAUACGUUGGCAUCUGGUAUUACGGCUUGGAGCCACGGACAAUUGUGUGGGUUGCUAACAGAGAAGAAUCAGUGUCUAAUUCCACGACCUGGUUUUUUGGAAUUGGCAAUGAUAGCAACCUCAUGCUUUCUGAUAGAAGAAGCCGUCGUAAGAUGUUGACCACUCUGAAAGGCAUUUCAGCUCCUUCUACGAUGACGCUGAAGCUCUUGGAUUCUGGAAACCUGAUUUUAAUUGAAGGUCAAGAUAAUGGCUCAACAAGAGUGGUCUGGCAAAGUUUUCUUCAUCCGACUGAUACAUUUCUUCCAGGCAUGAAGAUUAGUGAAACCCUAAGGUUGACUUCAUGGAAAAGUCAACAUGAUCCCUCACCGGGACGCUUCGUUUUUCGGCAAGAUGUAGAAAGAGAAAACCAAUAUAUCAUCACUAAUAACGAAAUGUCGUAUUGGAAAAGCGGAUUAUCUGGAAAUUUCAUUACCAAUGAUGAGAUUCGUCCUUCUGUUUCCCUUAUGCUGCUGAAUAUCAGUAACAGUGAAAGGGGAAGAGAGGAAUAUUGUUCCAUUUUGAAGUAUAGGUCAGGCUGUAAUAAUACGCUAACCAAAAGCUAUGACUACAGCAACACCAGAUUAGUCAUGGGUUUCGAUGGGAAGUUGCGGCUAUUUGGAGGGGAUAAUCAGACGGAUUUGAAAUGGUUGGAGCCAAGGGACAGAUGUAGCGUGUUUGAUGCUUGUGGUAAGUUUGGUAGCUGCAAUAAGGAAAACAGGGUACCCUGCAAGUGUUUACCUGGGUUUAAACCACAAUCACCGGAAAAUUGGAAUAAUGGAGACUUUUCAGAAGGGUGCACAAGAAAUUCUCCGGUAUGCAGCCAACACGGUAAGGAUGAGACAUUCUUGAAAUUAAGCAUGAUGAAAGUGCAAAAGCCAAAUCCAGUGUUUGCAGUCAAUGAUAAAGAUGAAUGCAAGAGAAGGUGCCUUGAAACCUGCGCUUGUCAGGCUUAUUCAUUUGGUGAAGUUGAAAACUACCUGAGGAGUCGUGCAAGUAAUCUUACUUGCGGGAUUUGGAUGGAGGAUCUAAACAAUAUUCAGGAGUCAUAUACAAAUAGGGGUCUUGACCUCUUUCUCCGCGUGCAGCUUUCUGAAAUAGGAAACAGAACUUGUGAGACUUGUGGCAUCAACAUCAUUCCCUACCCUCUUAGCACUGGAUCGAGUUGUGGUGAUCCCAUGUACUUCAGUUUCAAUUGCCAAACUGAUACCGGUCAGAUUAGCUUCAAUGCAAGUGGUCGAACCUACCGAGUUACUAGCAUUUAUCCGGAUAGACAAAGGUUUUCCAUCCAACUUGAAGAUGCAAAAAAAUGCAGGGUGAGGGAUUCACUGGAAAAGCUUCUGCAGUUUCCUGGGACUUCACCAUUUUUUGUGAGCAGUACUUGCAUUCCUACCAGGAAUAGUUUUAGUACAGAUUCUUUAAGUGAAGAUAAAUGGUUUUAUGAGGUAGAAAUUGGGUGGAAUCUACCGUUAGAGCCAACCUGCGGUUCAUCUGAAGACUGCAAAGAUUGGCCAAACUCAUUUUGCAAUGUAGCAGCCGAUGGGAAAAAUAGAUGCAUCUGCAAUUCAUCCUUUCAAUGGGAUCCAUCAAAAAUCAGUUGCACUUCAGAAUCUUACUCGAAUCAACGCCAAGGACCUUUGGAGAAACAGAAGCCAUUAUCUCUGAUCUUCCUGGGGGUCACUGCAGUCAUGCUGUUUAUCUUGUGCACUGCUUUUGCUUUGUAUCAUAAGAGGAGAAGAAGAAUGGUCAGGAGACAAGGAAAUUGGGAAUUGAGCUUGUACAACAGUGAGAGACGAGUCCUAGAUUUUAUAAAUUCAGGCGACUUCAGAGAAGAUAAUAAAAAAGACAUUGAUGUGCCAAAUUUCGAUCUGGAAAGUAUUUUAGUUGCCACAGAUAACUUUGCCGAAGCAAACAAGCUUGGACAAGGGGGCUUUGGGCCUGUUUACAAGGGUAAGCUUCGAGGAGGACAAGAAAUUGCUAUAAAGAGGCUUUCAAGAGGUUCAGGCCAAGGCUUAGAGGAAUUCAAGAAUGAAGUUGUUUUGAUUGCCAAGCUUCAACACCGUAAUCUUGUUAGACUUUUGGGCUAUUGUGUUAAAGGAUAUGAGAAAAUGUUAAUCUACGAAUAUAUGCCCCACAAAAGUUUGGAUACCUUCAUAUUUGAUCGAACGCGAUGUGUGUUAUUGAACUGGGAAAAACGCUUUGACAUUAUUUUGGGAAUUGCUCGAGGGAUGCUUUAUCUCCACCAAGAUUCUAGGCUGAGGAUUGUUCACAGAGAUUUGAAAGCAAGCAAUAUUCUACUAGACGAGGAGAUGAACCCAAAAAUAUCUGAUUUUGGCUUGGCAAAAAUUUUUGAAGGAAAACAAAUAGAGGCGAGCACAGAUAGAGUAGUUGGUACAUAUGGCUACAUGUCUCCGGAAUAUGCACUCGAUGGAUUUUUCUCAAUCAAAUCAGAUGUUUUCAGUUUUGGUGUGGUACUACUUGAGACUGUCAGCGGGAAAAGGAACACUGGAUUUUAUCAGGCCGAACAACCCUUAAGCCUCUUAGGUUAUGCAUGGAGAUUGUGGGAAGAUGGCAGGGCUUUGGACUUAUUAGAGCAGGCAUUGCGUCAAACAUGCAAUACAGAUGAAUUUCUGAGGUGUGUUAAUGUUGGACUCUUAUGUGUACAAGAAGACCCGAGUGACCGUCCCACCAUCUCAAAUGUGCUUGUCAUGCUUGGGAGUGAAACUCUAAGUCUUCCAAUUCCGAAACAGCCUGCAUAUGUUGUGAGAAGGUCUCUUUUCAGCUCAGCUUCUUCUUCCAGUAAACAGCAAUGGGAUCCAGAGAUUAUGACCACAUUGGAAGAGGGCCGAUGAUUGCGAAUGCCGCCUUCUCGUCAACCUCUCAAGUUCAUCACAAACUGAUUCUUAUGUCCAAUUAUAUGUCGAAAUUAAUUGUUUUGGAGUAAGAAUUAACUUGAGCUGCAUUCCCCCGUUUGACAUAUGUAAAAUCCCUCCUGAAAUUUUGAAUGACAUCUGUCUUUGACUAUUAUUACUUUGGAUUAUUUUGCUAGUUGCGGUGAUGAGAUUAUGUUUGAUAUAUAAAAUUAUGAUAAUAUAAGAUUAUAGAUAAGAUUA